AUGCAUGCAAGGCUGAUUGUAUCAGCCAACUUAACUGUGGAGGUCACAGUGCAGGAGUCCUACGGCCUGGGACGAACAGUGGUCGAAGGGGGAAAUCGCGCUGAAGCCAACAUUUCAGGGCAUUCAAGAACGAAAUGCUGGGACGAGCACCCGACGACUUCGACUACUGCGCCCGAGGGCAGCUCUACUUCGCCUGGCCUGAAAGACGGCGACAGCGUUUCAGCCGCUCCUGGUGAAGGCGACGAAGAUCCGUCCGAACCGCAGCCCUUGCCAAUAAAGAAAGUGACAACGGAGCUACCCCCGUACAAGCCGUACAGGAGUGGAGCCAGAAGUCCCGUAUACCAAGGCACCUUCCGGCCAUGCUCAUCCCACGAGGACUGCCAGCCCGACGAGUGCUGCGUCUACGGCCUGAGCAGGGGCGACAGCUGCGUCAAGCACUUCAAGCCCUGUCCCGUCAUUAAGGUGCCCGUGCGACCUCGGCCCCGCUUCUGCCCGCCGUACAACAGCGGCGGCUUCUUCUUCAACGUGUGCUCGGCGCCCGAGGACUGCCCGUACCCGUACCUGUGCUGCCGCCUCCGGGGAUCGUACAUGUGCGUGCCCUCGUUCUACGACAGGCGCCGGCGGCGGCGGCGUCACGCGAUCGCCGGCCAGCGCUACGAGCACGACGACGACGACGACGUCGGGGCGUCGAAGUGGCACGCUAGUGUUGCUGCUUUGUCUUCUUAAGAGCCC